UCCUUUUAAACAUUACGUUUCUUUCAAUUAAGAGUGAUAUUGUGGUCCGUCUUUAGGAUUUGGGUUGCUUAAGGUUGCUCUUACUUGUUGAUAUGCAGCAUAUGUCAGUGGUUUCAUAGAACAACAUGAACGUUUUUCAGACAAGGAUGCCAUUUCGAAAGCAACUGAAAUCCUGUCAACCACAAGCGUUCGGGAAAAACGCGUUGUUACAGAAGCAGUAUGAACGACAGUAUAGCAGACUGGAAAGAGAGCGGAAAUCGACACAGAGGCAGAUCCAAAUUACCGAGGAGAAGUGUGUUCACUCCGUAUACAAUCUCCUACAGGAGGCCGAGUUAUAUGAACAAGAGAAAAAACAAAAACAAGAGGAAGAAAAGGUAAAACGGGCUGAGAAAGAGCGCAAAAAUCCGGUGUUUUAUUACGAAAUAGAGAACGAAUAUGUUCCUAAGCAACCAGAAACAAAAAUAGUCCGAGGUCGUCCGAUGACAGCAUCAGUGAACACUCGUAAAAUAGGUACACAACAUAACGAACUAAGAAAACGCCCUUCUUCUGCUAGUCCCGCUCUUUGUUGUCAAAAUGGAGGCCCUGCAUCCACAGCAAUUAAUGUUCAACGAAUUUCUAGUGCCGAAAGUUCUCACAGCCGACUCUCCAGCGCAAGCUCGUAUGGUUCUGUUCAAAACGAAAACGUUUUCGAUUCAAGACCAAGCUCCGCGGACAUUGGGCCUAUUUCUGCAAAUACGGGGACUAACCUAAAACUAUGGCAACUUAACGUUAAAAGGAACAGUGAAGGUAAGCCGUCUGCUGUAAGGAGGGGUAGUUCAGCAAGAUCGGUCCGAUCUGUGGAAGAGUCGUCCGAAACCUUUCAGGAUCCGGAGACGAUGAAUACUUUUGCACGACCGAAAACUGCCGAUAGGUACCGGCGUCGGCGCCCUGAUGACGAACUCUCGGAGUACUGGAAUCGGCGCGUGGCGAAUAUAAUCCGUAAGUGGGACCUUCGGGACAGUGACCAAUACACCAAAGAUCUGAAGGUCGUCAAGGACAUCGGGCCUCCUCCCUACAGAAAACUUGAUUCCAGAACAGGACAGGUUGAACGGUUUAUUCAGAAAUAUUCCGGAAAGUACCGUUCCUUGUUAAGACAGACAACAUCGCCGGCUUUACUAGACAAUCGACAAAAAAGAAGUGAGAAGAUAAGCAGACAGGACCUAGCAAGCAUUAAUGCGGAUACCGCUAAGUACAAAAAGAAUACCAAAUUUCUUCUGAGUAAAAGCAGAGAAAUAAAGCUGUUCAUAGAGAAUCUUCCUGGAGUGGACAAAUCACAAAAUCUUCUUAAUUCGUCAAAUCCCUGAUCCCAUUCUCUUAUGUAAGCAGAUUA